UAGCUUGACGUAAUGCCGCCGCUGUAAAGUUCCUCCUCUCGGUACCGAGACAAGAAGACGUGAAGUGUCUUUUUCUGUCAUUUUAUGUUGUUGAACCGCUGCGGACGAAACUCACAGGACCCGAGAUGUCUCCAGAUUUCUGUGCUGAAUCAUGUCUGAAGAAGCGGAGUUCGCAUGAAAACACGAAUUAAAACAACAGUCGUAGGGACUUUUCAUUUAGCCAGGGUUUUUUUAAAAUAAGUGUUUACUUCGCUCUUUUGUUAGUUUUGGUCGUGUUUUUAUGCGAGUGGAGACAGUAAAACAAUGGCUUUCUUCGUGAAAAAGAAGAAAUUCAAGUUUCAGACGCAUCUGACCCUGGAGGAGCUGACCGCUGUGCCUUUUGUCAACGGAGUUUUGUUCUGCAAGCUGCGGCUGCUGGAUGGAGACUUUGUCGCUUCUUCUACCAGAGAGGAGGUUCAAGAGAACUGUGUUCGCUGGAGGAAGAGGUUUACGUUUGUUUCCAAAAUGAGUGCCAACCCCCACACCGGAGUCCUGGAUCCUUCUGUCUGCAGGGUGUCAGUCAGGAAGGAACUGAAAGGAGGAAAAGCAUAUACGAAGCUGGGCUUCACAGACCUGAACAUGGCGGAGUUUGCGGGCUCUGGCUCCACUGUGCGCUGCUGUCUGCUGGAGGGAUACGACACCAAGAACACACGGCAGGACAACUCCAUACUGAAGGUGAUCAUCGGGAUGACCCUUUUGUCUGGAGAUCCGUGUUUUAAAACUCCUCCCAGCACAGCAAAGUCCAUCUCCAUCCCUGGACGAGAGCACACCCUGCAGCUGGACUGUAAGGGGGAGGGAACGGCCGAGCAGGGGCCGGCCGGAGGGGUUUCUCUGGGCCGAUCCGCCAAACCUCGACCCUCCAUCAUCAGCUCAGGUCUCCUGGAAGAAUCCGAAGCGAACCAGUCCAUUCCUGGAGAAAUCUUCCAGUCUGGUCACUCUCGUAACUCCAGCUACGCCAGCCAGCACAGCAAAAUCUCAGGCUACAGCACCGAGCACUCCUGCUCCUCCAGCCUGUCUGACCUCACGCAUCGCAGGAACACCUCGACAGGAAGCAGCACCUCCGGGGGCCUUGGCUUCAUCGCAGAUACGCCUACAGAGGGAGACAAGGACGCCGGACGCCCAGAAAGACCACCACGGCCCCCGCGGCCUGUUCUACCCCCUAACAGGCCUCCCAGGAGGAAGCAGGACUCCGUGGAGAGUCACCCCUCCUGGGUAAACGAUACUCGGAUAGAUGCCGACGACAUUGUGGAGAAAAUCGUCCAGAGCCAAAAUUUUGCAGACAUCAACAACACUGAAGACAGCAACCUGCGACUGUUCGUCAACAGAGACGGAACCACCGCGCUCAGCGGCAUCAGGCUCGGAAACAGGGUGUCUGCAGGCGGGUACGAGCCUGUGGUGAUAGAGAGCCAUUGAAUCGGACGGCAGCAGAGGCGACUUGUGACCCGCCGAUCGUCUCGUCUCGUCUUCUGUCUCGCCGGUUUUCCAGGAGCUUCGGCUGGUCUGAAGCCAUGAAAGGGAAAACCUUGUCAGUUUGCACUUUAUGUGAAAUGUGUGACGGUCCUCGUCUGCACUCCGUUCAGCUGUGUUUGUUACGUUGAGGGCGUCUUCUCAGACUUGUGGUGUGUUUACCUGCUGCUGUGGUGCAGUAACUCAUUUUUUGGAUCUAAGUCCAGAGAUUAUACAGCCAAUUUUAUCUGUUUAGAGAUGAAGACACAGAUACUAAAAUCAUCCAUGUGUCCCUAGUUGAUCUUUGUAACUGAUGCGACAUGCUUGUGGUGAUAAUAAACCAUCAGUUCCUCUAAAGGAUAAUUAACUGGAGAUGUUUAAACACUAUUUCCAGAAUCCUCAAAGACUCUUCUAACCAUCUGGAUGAAAAAAAAAUAAUGAUAAAAGAUUUUUUAACCUGUUUCCCAAGUGGUACCUCUGUUUCAGAACCAAAACAAAGCUGGCAGCCUGCUGGUUAACUGAAUAGAAAACAGAGACACAACAGGAUAAAACCUUUUUUGUUGUGCAGUGAACAGAAUAUUUUGUCAUCCAGAUGUUUGGAGGAGUCUUUGCCAAAACAACUAUAAGACCUUCUGGGUUUUUCCAAACCUAACCCAGUUAUUCUCUUCUUUCAGAGAAACUGAUGGUUAUAUCGGCACAAACUGGUGCGAGGAGCCAUUUAUGAAUUUAUAUUAGAUAAGAUGAGUGUUAAUUGAUGCCCAUUUUUAGGGGUUUUAUACUUCAGUGACUGUCUUUAAUAUACAGUCUUACUCACUGAAAUAAAGAAGCUGGUUAUAUAUUCAGGCUUCAGUCUUAAAAAGCACAUUUUAGCCCGACUGUUUUAUUGUCAGUACAGUUCAUUCUACACUUACUCGUCUUUACUUCUUCUCAGACACUUAAUAUAUCAAUCUUAAUUAAGCUACUCGACAUUUCUCAGCAGCUAACGUGCACAUGAACCAUCACUUCACCAACUGAAUGAACGAUUUAGAAAAAGUGUCUUUGAGAAGAAACGAGUGAAGAGUCAGAAACUGAUUAUGGUACAAUUUGGGCUAAAGUGAUCUUUUUAGGUUGAUUAAUAGACAGAAUGUGUGGACAGUCUUUACGUUGACGUGUAAUGAAACUAUAUUAAAGCCAGUUAGACUCUAACUGCUAUAAAGUCAGUUAGAAGAAGUGACUGAGGCUACUCAAUGAUGCACCAGGGACGUAUGGAUGAUGUUUAUAGUUAUAUGUGAACUUCUGCUAAAGGAUAAAUCUGGUGAUUUUCUAUAUUUUUCUUAUUGUCAGCAAAUCUCAUGUAUUUACAAGUAUUGUGUGUAUAUUUAAAG